GUGACAGAAUUCUGAAAAAUAAACAUUGGAAUCAUUAAAAAACUAAGAAAAUAAAUAUCAAUUUUAUUGAAAAUUACCCUUUUUCUAGUCCUAAUUCUAUAAAAUAAAUUAAAACUCACGUAAAUAUUAAUUAUGGAUCAUACCAAAUUAGAGAUGUAUGAUGGUGUAGAUGCACACGUUGAAGGCGAAAUGAGCGUAGGUUCCAAUAAAAGUACAUCGACUAUAGGACAACCAAAUUUUAAUACUCUUGAUGAACCCAUUAAGGACACAAUUUUGAGAGAUCUUAAAGCUGUAGGAAUUAAAUUCACACAUGUCCUCUUCCCAAAAGAAAAGAGAACCUUAUUAAAAGAUUGGGACUUAUGGGGCCCAUUAAUGUUAUGCACAUUUAUGGCUAUGAUUUUACAUGGAGAUACUACAGCAGACAAAAAUACUGAAGGUGGUCCAGAGUUUGCUGAAGUAUUUAUUAUUGUCUGGAUUGGUUCCAUGGUAGUCACACUAAACUCAAAACUAUUAGGAGGAAAUAUAUCAUUUUUUCAAAGUAUAUGUGUCCUUGGUUACUGCCUUUUACCAACCACAUUGGCGUUAAUUGUAUGUCGAAUCAUUUUAAUGGCAAAUGAACAAACACACACCUUAUUCUUUAUUAGAUUUACUGUUUCUAUGGUUGGGUUUGCUUGGGCCACCUAUGCAUCUUUGAUAUUUUUGGGAGACAGUCAAAAACCGGGGAGGAAGCUAUUGGCAGUAUACCCCAUAGGACUGUUCUAUUUCAUUAUUUCAUGGCUAGUAAUAUCACAUACUUCCAGUUAAAUUGUGUAUUAAUUUAUAAAGUACUUCAUAUGUCCACUAAAAUAUUGUGAUGUUAAUUUAAUCUACCUUAGACAUGAAUGGGUUAAUUUAAAAGAGGUAAGUUUUGUAUUAUUGUGUGUCUAUAAAUUAGUAUUAUAUACAUUUUGUGUUUUAAGGCUGUUAAUAAAGGAAACUGUGCCUAAUAA